AUUGAACAGAAAGUUCUACAAAUAAAAGUGGCUUCAGUUUAUAGAAUUGGUAGGUGUCGACAGUCUUGUUUAAAACAGUGUCUAAUCCGUUUAUAAGACGUAGUUAUUUUAUUGAGGGAUCAUACAUAUAUGUAAAAGAAAAAAAAAAAAAAAGAAAAGAAUAAAAAAACGAUAAAAUGAUAGAACAUCGUGCUGUAACGCCUUUAAUUGAAAAAUUUCGCUCAUUUCUUCGAGGUAGAAAAGUUAUUCCUCAAUUACGAUAUGCAGAUCUAAUUUCUGCACGAACACAACCUCCACCUGAAAUACCAGGUGGACCAUAUCAUAAGACCUCAGAAAUAUAUUACUUUACUCAUGAUGCUAGAAGGGAAGUUGAACCACCAAUUGAAGUUUUUGUGAAUAAACAAAUUACAACAGGGAGUGAAAAGAAAGUUAUUGGACAGAACUCUCCAGGGAAAUUAUUUCUAUGGCGCUAAAUUACAUAUUAAUUCAGAUGUAAAAUAGUAACUAUUUAUUCAUUUAUAAAUAAAUUAUAUUGUAGUUCUAUGAAUAUUAUUGUAAAUACAAAAUAAAAUAGUUUGAUUAUUA